AUGUCGAGCGAGAGUGGUAGCGAUGAAGUAUUCAUUGUCGAGAAGGUGGUCAACAAACGCGUGGUCUCGAGUGGGAAAGUCGAAUAUUUGUUAAAAUGGCAAGGCUAUCCGUUAGCAGAGGCAACCUGGGAACCCGAAGAUAAUGUCUCUUGUGCCGAGCUGAUAAAAGAAUUCGAAAAAGAAAAACUCAUGUCGAAGAUUCCCCUAGUGAAGGAUGUGAACUACGAGAAACUCAAACCAGAUCGGAUAGUCGGCGUGAGAAAAACAAAAGGGCCAAAAGAGGAACACCUAUACAUGGUCCGAUACAAAAACAAUUUGGUGACGCUACAACCGGGAAAAGUUCUCGCACAUAAAUAUCCCGACCUCAUGGCGCACUACGGUUUCGAGAAGAAGCAUAAA